GUCUGCGGAGCGCGGAGUCGGUUGCUCCGUCGCGUCUGGUCAGUUACACGCCCGGGGUGCUGGUGGCUGCGGGAGCCGGGUGCGACCUCGGCGAUGAUCCGGCAGUAAGGACUUGGGGUCCUCUUCUUCUGUCAGGUGGUUGGGGCACAGUAUAGAAGCAGUCAAAGGUCACCUGCUUGACGAGGCCUUUUGCCCUGAACCUCAUGAAGAAAUGAUAGGAGGCAGACCCAUGUGCCUACGAAGAGCACUGAGCUCAGAGGAGAACAACACGGAGUUUUGGGGGUGUGCUUUGUUUUGUAUACAUCAAUGGCAGAAUCCUCCAGUGAUUCAGACCAAUUCCGCUCUCGUGGCCGAUUGAGUCAAUGGCCUACCAGGUCAGCCUACAGUGAAAAUCGAAAUCGUCCUGCAGUAGAUGUUACUCAGAAGGUCAACACUAUAACAAGUACUCUACAGGAUACCAGUCGGAACCUACAACAAGUCGACCAGAUGCUUGGACAGUAUCGAGAAUAUAGCAAUGGACAAGCUGAUGCUAUAGAACAUUUAAAAGAAACCUUGGAGCAAUCAAUAGGUCAACUGCGGAGUCAACGUUUACUGAGAAACUCCGGAACGAGGAGCAUUUCUGUUACAAGUCUGAGUGCAAGUGACCUUGAUGGUGGCACUGUGACAGAGAGCCACCGUUUCCCACCUACCUCACCCCUCAAAGACUAUGGGGAGCAACAAAGUAUUAAACGGACUAGGUCCAGAUCUGGUGUACGAUUUGGCCGGGAUCCUGAUGACAUGGGCCAGAUUCAUGCUUUUCAUCAGUCUCUUCGAGAUCUCAGCAGUGAACAAGUUCGCCUUGGAGACGAUUUCAACCGGGAACUUGCCAGAAGAAGCCGGUCCGAUGCCAAAACAAAAAGGGUUUUGGAAGAAUUGAGUGAAAAACUUAGUGAAACUCAAAAACAAGAAGUGGUUUCGGAUAGGGUGGAGCGUCGGCUUCAGGAGAUAGAAAGAGAGAUGCGCACAGAAAGACAGCUGGUGGAAAAACGACAGGAUCAACUGGGACUUAUUUCUUUGCAGCUACAGGAGGCAUUGAAGAAGCAAGAAGUUAGAGCAGAGGAGAAUGAGGGAGUCAUGAAAAAUAAGCUAAGACAAACUGAAACCGAGAAGAGUCAACUUGAACAGGAAUUGGAGCUAUCGCGAAGGUUAUUGAAUCAGUCCGAAGGCAGCAGAGAGACACUUUUGCGACAAGUAGAAGAACUUCGUAUGCAACUUCUGAGAGCAGAAGGUGAUCAGAAAGGGUUACAGCCUCAAGUUCCUCAUAUUUCCAAGCAACAGUCAGACCAUCAGGAUGCACGUGGAGAUGACCGGAGGUUUAGGAGAGGAACUGAGUGGGGAAAAGAGGAUCUGGAGAAGCAGAUGUCAGAUCUGAAGGUGCAGCUGAGCUUCAAUGCAAUGGCAUCCGAGUUAGAGGAAAUGAAGCGGUGCAUGGAGCGAAAAGACCGGGAGAAAGCACAUUUGGCAGCACAAAUAGAGAAUUUAACAUGUGAGUUGGAGAGCAGGGAGAAACAGCAGUUACAGAUGUUGGACCAGCUGAAGGAGAUCCAGACCCACUUUGAGACCUGUGAGGCCAAGCAAAAGCACGCGGAGCUCCAGAUCUCAGAGCUGACGCAGCACGCCGAGAACGCAACCCGGCAGGCCGAACAGUACCUCCUGGAGUUCCAGCAGUCAGAGGCCCUGCGGCAGGAGGCCGAGAAGAGGCGAGAAGAACUGAAACACAAAGCCCAAGAGGUCAUUCGGCAGUGGAAGCUGAAGCAUAAGAAGCUAGAGCGAGAACUGGAGAAGCAGUCCGAAUCUUUCGAUCAGCUUUCAAACAGGAAUAGUCAGAUUUCAAAAGAGAAGGACGAAUUGCGAAAUCAGCUUUACGCAGCAUUGCAACAAAUGGAGAACCUUCGAAAGGAAUUGAACGAGGUCUUAACCAAACGUGCCCAUCAAGAGGAGGAACUUCAUUCUAAAGAAGAUAAGCUAAGUGAUAGUCAGGCUCGUCAAGCUGAUCUGGAACUCGAAGUCAAGGAAUCCAUGGACACCAUCCGUAGGUUAGAGACCGAAUUGAAAAUGCAGACUAAGACGCAGAGUCAGAUGAAAGCGGAGAAAACUCACCUGGAGGAGGAAAUUGCGGCGCUAAGGAAAAGCCAAGCCAAGGACAGAGCUCAGCUUCUGGAGAUGCAGGAAUCCGUCAAGGACUUGAGUGCCAUCCGGGCAGAUCUUGCCAGUCAGUUGGCUGAGGAGCAGAGAGCCAGGAAGGAAGCGCUCAAGAACCUCUCUGAUCUCAAGGCACAGACCAAAGCCACAGAUGAAGAAACAGCUACGAUCAUCUCGCAGCUAAAGCUAGAGCGGGGUGUUCACCAGAGGGAGCUGGAAGAUCUCACAACAUCACUGCAGAGUGUGAAAAUGAAACAUGAGCAAAAUAUCCAGGAACUGAUGAAGCACUUCAAGAAAGAAAAGAGUGAGAGCGAUAAUCAUAUUAGGACACUGAAGGCAGAAAGCUUAGAAGAUAAGAAUAUGGCAAAAGUUCGUCUUUGUCAGCUAGAGAAGUUAAAAUCACAGUGUGAGCGGUUGACAGAGGAAUUAACCCAGACUGAAAAUGAAAACAAAAAAAUGAAGCUGAAGUAUCAAGACCUGAAGGACAAACUAGAAGAAAAGGAAAAACAUCUAAGCAAUGAAGAACAGAACUUAAGGAGGAUGGAAGAGGCCAGAUUGCAGCUCAAGGAUCAGCUUCUUUGCCUGGAGACAGAACAGGAAUCCAUUCUUAGUGUGAUAGGAAAAGAGAUUGAUGCAGUAUGUAAAACUUUCUCCAAGGACUCCAUGGAGAAACUGAAAGUUUUUUCAUCUAGUCCUGAUAUUAAUUGUGACCCACAUCGCUGGUUAGCAGAAAGCAAGACAAAACUUCAGUGGCUCUGCGAGGAACUGAAAGAGAGAGAAAGCAGAGAGAAAAAUCUGCGACAGCAGUUGAUGAUGUGCAAACAACACCUCAGAAAUUUGACCGAAAACAAGGAAUCUGAACUGCUGUGUCUCUUUGAACAGAUUGAAAGGCAGGAGCAGCUUCUGGACGAAAUACAUCGGGAGAAGAGAGAUCUGCUGGAGGAGUCACACAGAAAAGAUGAAGAAAUGGAAUCUCUGCAGGAUCGUGUAAAUGCCUUAGAAACGAGUACACGGGUGGCCUUGGACCAUCUGGAGUCUGUGCCUGAGAAACUGAGCCUACUAGAAGAUUUCAAAGACUUCAGAGAUUCCAGCAGUUUGUCUGAAAGAACGGAUGGGAGAUACACCAAGUACAGAGUUCCCAGACAGUCAUUUCAGCUGCAGCAAGACGACACCAAGUACAGAUGCAAAAAUUUCAAAGUUGACAGAAGCUUUACAGAAAGUUCUCUUACUCGGGGCUUAGAUCACUCACCCACUUGGCAGGGUCACAGCCGCUUCCUGUCUAGUCCACAAUUUUCACUCUUGAAUUCGUUUACUCAAAGAACUGUUUAUCCUGAUCCACCCUCAAUCAAGGAAGAUGCUAUACAUUUGCCGAUGGAUGGAGCAAGUUCGCAAUCCAAAAAGGAAGACUUUAAGAAUGAAAAAAGGAAAAUGUAAUUUGUUCCCUUACCUGAGAAUUUUACCAAUAACAACAGCUCUACCCUUGCUGCAGUUAGUCGGUAGAUCUGCAGCUUCGGUUCAUCAGCAACAAGAAGAAAACUCACUAAGAUAACAGUGCAUUUGGUCCUCGUGAGUCGUAUAAGUUAAAUCAAUCCAAAUGACACCAGCUCCUAAAUGAUAAGCAUCUAAUGUAUUGACAACUAUUCUUUCAGAGUGGUAAUAUUUUUCACUUUGUAUUUUCCUUUUUUUCUGGUCAGAUUUAUACAACCAAAAUUUGAAUUUCUAAUUGAAAUUGCUCAAAAAUUACUGGAUUAAAAAGGAGGAGAAAAGAGUUCCCUUGAAGCAGAAAUGGCCAGCAUUUUUGAUUCAGGGAGCUUUUAUAUAAACUGAUGUUUCAAAUGCUUUCUCCCUAAUAAAUUUUCAUGUGUUGUAACAUGUCAUGGAGAUAUGCAUAUAUGAUACAAGACAGUCCACUUCAUAAAUGCUCUGGAUUGUUACCAUGCAUCAUCUCAGCAGUCCAUUUUCCAUCAUCCAUUGGAAUACCAUAAAGAACUUACAAAUGAUAUGCAAAGCACUAUAAAAUCUAUAGCACAAUUUAUUUAUUUGUUGGAUUUUGUGUGUGUAUGUGUAUGUGGCCAAAUAUCUCCCUGUGAUCGCUUUAGUCAUAUCUUGGGUUGUUCCUUCUGACCAAAGUCACAGAACUAAACUCUUGUGUCCGUAAGAUUUGCCCUCCAGGAGUUCUUAUCUGAUUUGUUAUUUAUUUUCAACACCACAGAUUUUCUCAGCAUCAAAGUAUUUUUUAAGAACUCAUCUACUUUUAUGCUGAUCAACUUGUGAAGAAAAAUAUGUACUAAGUGCUAGAAAAUAGAAACAUCCAGAAACUGAAUCUGACUCUGGGCAGAGACAAAGAU